GCGGCUCGGGGAAAAGUGUGGAGGCUGGUGAUCCGUGGAGUCGGUGCACUGAGUCGGUGUGAAUCACCUGGAAAUGACACCAGGCUACAUCACGUGUCGGGGCGUGUAAAAGAUCUGGAGAGAAGAAAGACUAUUUAUUUUCAGUUUAGUUGUGAAAAAAAGGAUCAGGCGUAAAUCCAGGUGUUGAAGGUGUCAGUCUGAUCCGGUGUGUGAUCCGGUGUGUGAUCUGAUCGGUUCUUCUUCUGAGCUCAAGUCUGAGUCCAUCAGAGGCUCACUGAGGGGGUGUGUUGCCCUAAAAAAUAGUCAGUUUGCGAAGAAGACCUAGUUGACUCUUUUUCUAACACAAAGACCUGACGGAUUUCAUACACAUCAGUUAUAUUUGCAGAUGGUUUUUUUGAGCCUGUCCUGAGCCUACUGUCUGGUCCAGCCUGCUGAGAGAGAGAGAGAGAGGGUAGGGCACAACAUGGCAGCUGUGAAGACCCAGGCUGGACCGGGGGCCAUGCAGUCAGCAACAGGGCGAAAAAAGGAAAGCCUGGUCAGACAUUGUGCUCAGAAGAACACAGAUGUACAGAAACACCGGCAGAAGUCCAUUGUACGGUCAUCACCCGGUCUUGAGGAAGUGUGGCCUGCCAAUUCAGAGCAAUCAGACCCCCUGCUUUUCUUCCAGUCCUCCAGGGUUGACCUGCCAUACUGGAGUCCUGAAUCAGUAGAAAUGGAUGAGAUCAUGGCUGCGAUGGUCCUCACCAGUCUGUCCUGUAAUCCAGUGAUCCAGAGCCCUACACAGAGAGAUCCCUUACCACAUGGCCCACUGGAUAUGGAGUGUGGUGGAGGGGAACUGUCAGACAGUGGCAGCAGCGGCUACUGGAGCUGGGAGCAUGGAAGUGUCAGUCCUGCUCCUUCACCAUCCAUCACUGAGACAGACAGAAACAUGGGACAGCUGGCAGAUGAAAGGCUGCACAUGGAGCUGGAGCUGGAGACCAGGCGGUGCAAGAUUUUGAGCAGGGGAGCAUAUAGGUGUUUGUGGCCAGGCUGCGGCAAAGUGCUGACAUCAUGCUUUGGGAUGAAACGUCACAUUCGCAUUCUCCAUCUGGGUGGACCAGAACAAUCUCAUAGAGAAGAAGAUUUUUAUUAUACUGAGGUCUCUUCAGAGGAAGAGGAACCGACACCUCCAUCUCCUUCUCUGUCAUUCAACAGUGGACCCUGGUCCUCAUGCAGCUCCACCUCCAGCCAGCCCACUUCCCAAGAGGCUCCGCCCUCUUCCAGCGCCCUCAGCCAGUCCGCCCCGAGCAGCGCGUGGCAGAUACACACGGAGCAUCUCUACCAGGCUUGUGCACCCAUUGAGGUGACUGUAUCCCUAGACUCUCCUUCUUCCUGUCACUGGACUUCAGCUGGACUCCAGCUGAGAUCUCAGAUCAGCAUGUCACGUAGCCGUUCUGUCAGCGUGGGUGAGCAGUGGCUACAGCGGAGCAACGUUCCCAGAUCACACACCGUGAGUGCAUCGCCAUCCAGAGGCCACUGCUCCACCCGGAAAGGUCGAAGCGAGGCCAAAAAGUGCCGCAAGGUGUACGGUGUGGAGCGCAGGGAUCAGUGGUGCACCGCUUGUCGCUGGAAGAAAGCCUGUCAGCGCUUCCCUGACGAAAGAAAAUAAGACUUUUUCAAGCGAGCUUUGAAUAAUUUGACAAAUCUCAGUCUUUCCUUCCUUUCACUGGACUACUCCUGGCACUCUGGAGGACUGAGAAUCCCUCUUUUUACCUUUUGUACCUGUUUUCCAAAAGGAGUCGAAGCAUAUUUUUCAUGAUCUCUUUCUGUGACGUGAGCUCUGGUGAUAGCUGUUGAGACUGUCUGAUGUGGUACGGUUCUGAUCCCUCUGACUUUCUUCUCAACCUAUAAAGCAAAAUUUGUACACUUUUUUUGGUAUAUAGUGAACAUCUGAACAUUUGUCUCGUUGUUUUUUUUCUCUUGCUUCUUUUUUUUUUUUUUUUGGACACACCCUGAAAAGUGUCCCAACAAAAAUGUUGUUCGUUGUGUUUCUACGUAUUAGGGUUUUUUUUUGUUUGUUUGUUUUUUAAGCGUCUUUAGCUUUUUGCGUUUGGCUCCUGCCCAUGUGACAGCACUUCCUAAUGAAGUUAAAAUGCCACACAUGAAGCUGUAGUAGCUGUGGGUUAAUGGUAUAUAUAAGCAGUGAGCAGCUAUAACUUAUGAUUGAUUACCAAAGUGCUAGUGCAAAUCCUUUGCCAUCAUGUGCACCAGUAUUAAGAUUUUUCUU